GUGAGCUACACCAUUGAGCAACGAGGGAGAUCAUUAAAGCACAUUGAUAAUGGGGAAGAAACAGAAAAAUAAAGGAGAGGAUAGUGCCAAAGACGAUGGCAUUGAUAUUGAUGCCUUAGCUGCGGAGAUUGAAGGUGCCGGUGCAGCCAAGGAACAAGGCAAAGGGAAGGGGAAGAAAGGAAAAAAAGCAGGAAAAAAAGACGACUUCGAUGAAGACGACAUCCUGAAAGAGCUGGAGGAAUUAUCGCUCGAAACUCAAGGAGCACAACCCAACAAAGAACCGAAAUCGGACUCACUCGAAGAGGCGGAACCCGAGCCCGCUCUCACCAAGGCGGAGAAGAAGAAAGCCAAGAAGGGGAAGAAGGCGAGCUUGGACGAUGAGGACGGUGAAGAAGCUGAAAGUCAAGGCAACCUGGAAAACGACCACGGGCAGAAAGACAAGAAGACGAUGGCGCCUCCCCCUGCUGCUGCUGCUGCUUCAGACUCUGAGGACGAGGGCUCCAGACCACAGAAGAAGGCCAAGGGCAACAAAAAAGGCAGGAAAAAGGCCGGCUCUGACUCGGAGGAGGACGAGGAUGGAGGUGCGAGGAAAGGAGAGGGUGGUGGAGGUGGCGAGGACGAGGAGGACGAUUCGGACGACGACUCCCAGGUCAGACGAAAAGCCCAGAAGCAGAAGGGUAAAGGGAAGGCGAAAGCGGACAGCGAGGACGAGAAAGGAGCAGACGAGGAAGACGGCACCUUCAAGAUAAAGACGGCGGCUCAAAAAAAGGCCGAGAAGAAAGAGCGGGAGCGCAAGAAGAAAGAGGAGGAAAGGGCCAAACUGAAGAAACAGAGAGAGAAAGAAGAGGAGGCGGCCAAGAAAGACGAGAGCAAAAAGAGCGAGCCAGUUGCUGCUACGCCCUCUACAGAAACCAAAAAGUUAGAAACCGCUGUGUCAGAGGAGCAGGAUGGAGCUGAUGCCCAAGGAGAGGAGGAGGGCGAAGGAGACAAGAAGAAAAAAGAUAAGAAAAAGAAGAAAGUAGAGGAGAAAGAAAAGAAGAAGGGACCAAGCAAAGCCACGGUAAAGGCCAUGCAGGAGGCCCUGGCCCGGAUGAAAGAGGAAGAGGAGCGAGCCAGGAAAGAGGAAGAGGAGAGGCAGCGUCGCUUAGAAGAACUGGAAGCCCAGAGACUUGAACAGGAACGGCUGGAGGCGGAGAGAAAGGAGAAGAAGAAACAGAAGGAUAAGGAAAGGAAAGAGAGGUUGAAGAAAGAGGGGAGGCUGCUGACGAAGGCUCAGAAGGAAGCCCGGGCCAGAGCCGAGGCCACUCUCCGCAUGCUACAGGCUCAGGGUGUUGAAGUGCCAUCCAAAGACUCAAUGCCAAAGAAAAAGCCUGUUUACUCGAGGAAAAAGAAGCCAACCGUACAAUCACCUGAGGAGACUUCUGAAGUGACAUCACCUACAUCAGAGACGGCAGAGCCAAUCGUGAGUGAGAUGGAGGUGGAUGCCCCAAAAGCAGAACCAGGUAACCAGGAGCCGGCAGAUCUGGAUGACUGGGAAGCCAUGGCCAGUGAUGAGGAGAAGGGUACGGCCGUGGUUUGGUCGUCAUUUAGGCGAUUUUCCUUUGUGUUGCUCCUGUGCACAGAUAUGAAAAAAGUCCACAUCGAGGUAAAGGAAACGUCCCAGGUGUCCGCCUCUGUCCCAGACGCCGAGAACGGCAGCGAGGAGGAGGAAGAGGAAGAAGAAGAGGAGGAGGACGACGAGGAGGAGGAGGAAGAAGAGGGUGAGGAAGAGAGCGAAGGAGAUGAGGAGGAGGAAAAAGAGACUGCUAAGAAGAAAGCAGGCAAAGAGAUGAGCUCAGACUCCAGCAGUGAGAGUGACUCUGAUGACGGGCGCACUAAAGAGGAGAGGAUGUAUGACAAAGCCAAGAGACGCAUCGAGAAACGACGACAGGAAAACCUGAAGAACAUCAACCUGGACGAGCUGCGGUCUCCAGUGGUGUGUGUUCUGGGUCACGUAGACACAGGGAAGACCAAAAUCCUGGACAAGCUGAGACACACACAUGUCCAGGACGGCGAAGCGGGUGGCAUCACUCAACAGAUUGGCGCCACGAACGUUCCCUUGGAUACCAUCGUAGAACAGACCAAGAUGGUCAAAAACUUUGACAGAGAGAACAUUAAGGUACCUGGAAUGCUUAUUAUCGACACACCUGGGCACGAGUCCUUUAGUAACCUGAGAAACAGAGGCAGUUCCCUGUGUGACAUUGCCAUCCUGGUAGUGGACAUCAUGCAUGGCCUAGAGCCUCAGACACUGGAGUCCAUCAACCUCCUCAAAGAGAAGAAAUGCCCCUUCAUCGUCGCCCUCAACAAGAUCGAUCGUCUGUACGACUGGAAGAAAAGUCCAGACACAGACGUGGUGACCACGCUGAAGAAACAGAAGAGGAACACCAAGGAUGAGUUUGAUGAGAGAGCCAAAGCUGUCAUCGUGGAGUUUGCACAGCAGGGACUGAAUGCUGCUCUUUUCUAUGAGAAUACCGACCCGCGUACGUUUGUGUCUCUGGUACCCACUUCGGCGCACACCGGGGACGGCAUGGGUAAUCUGAUCGCCCUGCUGGUGGAGCUGACCCAGACCAUGCUGGCACGCCGCCUGGCACAUUGUGACGAGCUCCGGGCCCAGGUCAUGGAGGUGAAGGCUCUGCCCGGUAUGGGGACUACGAUAGACGUAAUCCUGAUUAACGGUCGACUGAGGGAGGGAGAGACCAUCAUCGUUCCUGGGGUAGAGGGUCCCAUCGUCACCCAGAUCAGGGGGCUGCUCUUGCCCCCACCCCUCAAAGAGCUGAGGGUCAAGAACCAGUAUGAGAAGCAUAAGGAGGUGUCGACGGCCCAGGGAGUGAAGAUUCUGGGUAAAGAUCUGGAAAAAACGUUGGCGGGACUUCCCCUGCUCGUCGCCCAUAAAGAGGAUGAGAUUCCAGUGCUGAGGGAUGAGCUGAUUCGGGAGCUGAAACAGACCCUUAACUCUAUAAAGCUGGAGGAGAAAGGAGUGUAUGUCCAGGCUUCCACUCUGGGCUCUCUGGAGGCGCUGCUGGAAUUCCUACGUACAUCCAAAGUGCCUUACGCAGGCAUUAACAUUGGCCCUGUGCACAAGAAGGACGUCAUGAAAGCAUCCACUAUGCUGGAACACGACCCCCAGUACGCGGUGAUCCUGGCCUUUGACGUGAAGGUGGAGAGGGACGCUCAGGAGAUGGCUGACAGUUUGGGCGUGAGGAUUUUCAGUGCUGAGAUUAUCUAUCACCUCUUUGACUCCUUCACCAAGUACAGAGAAGACUACAAGAAACAGAAACAGGACGAGUUCAAGCACAUAGCAGUGUUCCCCUGUAAGCUCCGUAUCUUGCCUCAGUUCAUCUUCAACUCUCGAGACCCCAUCGUCAUGGGUGUGACCGUGGACGCCGGGGUGCUCAAACAGGGUACUCCACUCUGCGUGCCCAGCAAAGGCUUUGUAGACAUUGGCAUUGUGACCAGUAUUGAAGUAAACCAUAAGGGCGUGGACACGGCUAAGAAAGGGCAGGAGAUAUGUGUGAAAAUCGAGCCCAUUCCUGGAGAGUCGCCCAAGAUGUACGGCCGACACUUCGAGGCCACAGAUAUCAUCGUUAGCAAGAUUACGCGGCAGUCCAUCGACGCGCUGAAGAACUGGUUCAGAGACGAGAUGCAGAAAUCCGAUUGGCAGCUGAUCAUGGAGCUGAAGAAGACCUUUGAAAUCAUCUGAUCAGAAAAAAGACUGAAAUAGAUCCAUGUUUUCAGAUGGGCACUUACACAAACCCAGACAGACAGAAACACACACACACACAAACAUACACACACCCACCCACACACACACACACACAAUUUUCCUCAGAUCAUUUUUUGCGAUCAAGGAGUCAGUGUUGCUAAUUCAUGUGUGUAAAUUUCUCGCGUACAAACCCGAACCUCUUACUCUUAAAACCUUAAAACACACACACACACACACACACACACACACACACACAUACACACACACACACACACACACAUACACACACACACACACAUACACACAAAAUAUCAGGGGGAUGACAGCGCAGGAUCUAACACACACUCCCUCUUGUCCCCUCUCCCCUCCUCUUUCUGUGGGUGGGGAGCAUAGUGAUAUUAAAAAAAAAAAGGUUUAAAGAAAUCAAGGAAAAAAAAAAAAAGAUAGAAAAAAAAAGUGUUUUUCUGUGAGAAACGGAGCUAUUACCACUGUUGUAAACAGUGACCGCUAGAAAACUUUUACACACUAUUCCAAUGUGCCUGUUCUUCAGAUCUCUCAGUUGUUUUUUUUUUCUUUUUCCUCUCCAUUAUCACGGCCGUGACAGCCCCCCC